AGAGAGGGGAAGAAAGGAAGCAGGAGACAGAGGGAGACUGUGAGGAAAGUCAGAAGCUCCAGCCCUGCCUCUCCUUUGGGGUGUUUUUGUGAGCCUGUGGAGGACUGCUCUCCUCCUUCAUCCCCCCUUCUCUGGAGCUGUGCACAAGACAAACCGCACCAUAAGGACAGGAUGAGAGAGAGACAGAGAGAGAGAGCGAGAGAGAGGCACUUUGGAGUCAGGAAACAGUGAACAGCUUCCAAGUUUAGAGACGCUGAGCGUACGGCCCGGCUGCAGCUGCAGAGCUCUCCACCACGCCACAUUCCUCCCAGAUAAACAGAGUCAGAUAUGAGGCUUUCCCCUUGCUCUGGCCGUCAGCUGCUCCGCCUGAGGACUGGCCCAUGCUAAAGAGCAGCUCGCAGAGCAGUGAUGAGUGGAGCAGCGACGGCAGCACAGAGAUCGGCUCUUUCUAUGCUGCGCAGUCUGCCGGGAGCUUGUUGAUUGGGAGACGCGAGGGCAAUGCCUCUGGGUGCCGCUGCGGCCCCCCAGGGACAUGGGCAGCACUGCUAAGGAGACGCCUGCCCGCCGCGCCCACACCAUGACGGGAGAGACUCAGCAUGCGCGCGCCGUUAAAGAAUCGGACAAUGUUUCUAAGCAGCAGGAGGCGGGGGCCUUGCCAGAGCGGUUCGGCGCGGAGCUAAAGCAGGAGUCCGCCGGGCAGUACAAGACUGGGUGUCCGGAGCCACGGGCCCUCAGCAGAACAAAGGAGUGCACGCAGCGCGAGGCCGUGAUACGGCCCCAGCAGGCCGGCAAAAUCGACUUCAAGUCCCUGCAGAACAGGCCCAAGUUCACCAGCGACAGGACAUGGCACAGUAGCAAGGGAAGCCCCCAGUCCCCAAGUGGGAAAAGCAGAACCCGGGACAAGAGCAAGAGGUCCGGGAAGGCCGAGCGCGGUAACCCCCAGCAGCUAUACAGGCUGAGCAUCAGUAACCCCCGGGCCAACCCCACCAUCGGGAUCGCUUACCCGCAGCAGAAAUUCACGCCGCCCAAGAAGCUGGAGGCCGGCCGUGGCCCCAUCUCGGGCAGCUACAGAUUCCACGUGCCCAGCAUUCCUGAGCGUGAAGCAGAGCUACAGCAGGAAGAGCUCAGCUACAACCGUUGUUUCCAGGAGGCGUCUUCAAACAUUACCUCCACAAACUAUACCUCACAGGCAGACAGCAGCGCAGGGGGCACCCCAGCACACCAGCACCCGCCCCCCCCACAACAGCAGCCCAGCCUGAGGGACAACAAUAACUCACAGCCCGGUAGCCAACUGCUCUUCCCAGAGUUCCCCGUAAACAGGGCUGUGUCUUGGCAGUCUCCUGAUAAAUCCUUCAGUGGUGCUAACUACGGAGCUUCCUCACAGAAGCUACCAAUUUUUUCAGAAGGAGAUAAAGUGAAUGCUACCCUUGUGCCUUUGCAAUUUCAGUAUGGGUAUCCUUCACUGCAGGAUGCUGAGGUUGACCCCUUCCCUUGUGACCAGAAUAACCGUCCCCAGGACUAUUUAGACAUUGCCUUGGCAACAGCCCAGGUGACUCACAGUUCCUUUACCUUUCACACCUCAGGAGAAGGGCAGGAAGACACACAAACUGACAGCCAGUUCAGUAACAAGCAACCUGAGGGGAGAUCAUCUUAUGCCCAGCUUUCUCAGCAUGCACAGUACCUGCAGUCUCAACACGAGACACAAUCUUCCUUGCAUUGCCACAAAGGCAGGAGCAAGCACCACACCAACAGUGAAAAUUCUGUCCCUGGCUUGCACAAAAUAGAUCAGGGCAAGGACACUGUGCCAGAAAACCCAGGCUCUUUCAACCAAGUUGAUGGUGAAGGUGCAACCCCCAUUUCCGUGGAGAAACAGAGCUGUCCUCCUAGUAUUGAAAGCACUGCCAGUCAGAGGAUACUCACCCAAGGAAACCCUCACCAUGCACGGAAUAUUGCACAAGGCCAAAGCCCCCAAAUACUGUCUCCAAGCAAAGCGUACAGCAGCUCUUCGGGCAACACCAUGCACGUGGGAUCAGUGCCUUUGGAGGAAAGUAUCCCAGGAGGCAGCAGUAAAACUCACAGCAGGCUACUGGAGACUUGGGAUGGAGCCAAUAAGACCUUUUCUUCAAUGGACCAGAACUCUGCACUUUACUCCAAUCUAAAUAACAAGUGUCAGUUUCAGUGCCAGCCAACAAGUGAGCAAAGACAGCCUUCAUCCAACAGCAGAAUGGCAUGGCAACAGAUACAGCUGACCUCAGCCAUACCUAAGCAGAACAGAAUUCAGCUUUCUAGACAGCUGAGCAAUCAGAAGCCCACUUUCCCAAUAGGGGCCAUGGAUUGGCAGGAGAGUAAAAAAACACAUAAAAACAGACCCCUAAACAGCUUCCAUAACAAAAUACCCAAUGAGGCUUUCACCAGUCGGAGACCUGAGAGCAUCAAGGAGCACAACAACACCAUUUCCACUUUUCCUUUUGAACAUAGAGUGGACUCUGUCAGUUCUACAGUGUGUGACACCAGGAACAAGCCUGUGUACUUUGGGGUGAAUCAGUCACUACCAUAUUCGAAAACAAACAGCCAUGGCCCAUCACAGGGUCCACCAGUGGGUUUGAUGACAACAGCCUCUUAUGAUUCUCCACUGCCUUCUCCUCUCCAGAAUCCUGCCUCCACCAGCCCCUGCUCCUCUGUCUCCCCUGCCUCCCAUAGCCCUGUAGAUAUCAGCCCCGAAGACAGCCAGGUGCUUAUGGCUGGGCCACCCCCUCCCUUAUACCACCAGAAUCAAGAAAAGACACUGAUGCCCUUAGAUCACCUCAACUCUAACCUUCACCAUUUCCACACUGAUCUCUCGAGGACAUUCUCGAACCCACCCGAAAGACCCAAGGAAGAUAUGUUGAGUUACAUGCACAAUAACAAAUGCUCAAAUCCUAACAUGGAUGGUGGCAAGAGUUACCUGAACAGCUAUGAAGUAGAACAUCCCCCUCCCCCAUACUCAGCACAUCAACUGCUUGCCACCUCAUUAGCUGCUGCCAACCUUGACCAGUUGGAUGUGCUUCUGACAUGCAAGCAAUGUGAUCAGAACUUCAACAACCUGGUCUCUUUCCUGGACCACAAGCAGUAUUGUGGACAGCACAUGUUAAAUCAGAACAAUAUGUCUAAAAUUGUGCCAAAAAUGGAGGAGCACAGAAAGUACCAGACAGACUGCACAAAGGCAUCUUCAUCUGGGAUGGGUUUUCCCCUAUCCAGGUGCCCAUCUGAUCCUCACCUGUCUCUGCUAGGGUUGAGUAAGAAUGGAGAAUUAAUGCCUGACUCUGAGACUAAAGGAGACAUUAAGGAUGAACCUUUGAAGCUCAACUUUUUUAGUGGGACUAACACUCUUCCUGUUACUCUUCCUGAAUUGGAUAUGGAUGAUGCAAAACUAGAUAGCCUCAUUACAGAGGCCUUAAAUGGAUUAGGAUACCAGUCAGAUAAUGCAGAAAUUGACAGCAGUUUCAUAGAUGCUUUUGUAGAUGAUGAUCUCACCACUAGCCUAAAUAUGAAAACUAAAGACUAUGUGAUGGUUAAUAGCAGAAGCAAGCAUGAAACCACCACUGAUCAGAGAUCUCAGACACAAGGGAAAAAUCUGUUUGACUCAGACAGGGACAGCAUGAGCGCUGAAACUAAACACACACUAAACUUCCCUGAAAAGACUCAUCAGGACUUCAAACAAGAGGAUAAAGUUAACUCCAAAGAGGUGACCCCACAUAAAAAAUCAAGAAGCGUUUCAUCUGAGAAAUCCACUGAAGAAAAAGAGUGGACAAAAGAAGGAAUUAAGACCACAGACAAGACUGGAGAAAAAAACAAAAUAGAUUCAAGGUUUCUAUUGUCCAGAAAGUUCUCAGAGAGGUGCAAACUCAAAAGUUUCCAGGAGCGCUCCUCAUUAAUCAUGCCUUCCCUUUCCCAUUCCUCAUCCGCUAACUGGAGCUUGGCAGCACCUAGAGCCACGGUGAAGGAGGGGAAGCGGAGGAAGGCUGGAGGGGGGACCUGGAGCAAAGAACUAAUUCACAAAAUAGUGCAGCAAAAGAAUAAACCUCACAAGCUCAAUGUAAAGGGAACCAAGAACCUGCAGUUUUCUCUGGUGACAGAGAGGCUUACCCCUGCAGCACAGAGCCCAAAGUUUGGAGAAUAUGACUAUGUGUCUGAUUCAGAUGAGGAGUCAGAGCCUCUGAGGUUAGCUAGCCGUGGGAGACUGGGCCAUGCUGGCCGAUGCAAGUAUACAUACUCAAAGGAGUACAAAGGGAAGUACACUUACUCAAAGGAGAAAGGGAGAGACUGGACUGACAAAGGAGGAUCUGUCUUGUGGAAGCACCUAUCAAAGGACAGUGGUGUGGAAAAGGUGGCAGAGCAAAUUUCUCCAUCCCCAGCGAAAGAAAGCUCAAACCAAAGGAUGAGGAGGAGGAGCAGCAGGUCCUCCAGCAGCAGUGAGCUCAGUGAACCCGCCAGUGUCUCCAGUGAGAGCAUUACCAGCCCCAAGACCGCUGAUCGCACAGAUUCAGAGAGUGAGCGAGCACUUGCAAUGAGGAGAAUGAGCUCCAAUAACAUGCCACUCUCUGAUUCUUUUGAACCAGACAAUUGUAAAAAGUCACUGCAUGAUACGUCCAAAGAGCCUACCACACCUCCCACCCCUACGACCCCGACUGCACUUUCGUCUCAUCCAUUCUCCAAGAACACCAAGAAAUAUGGCUCUGCUAAAUUUCUCCUCUCCCAUGACAAGGGUCCUUUACCCAGAUCCAGAAUUCUAAGUUUGAGAGACAGAGGUUCAGAAAACACAGCCGAGCUCUCAAAGACCAGUGGUUUCCAAAGCCAUGGAGAGGACCACAGCACAGAGCAGGAAAGGGAGAAGGAGCAUAGUGCUGAAAUAAGCAUGACAGAAAGGGCUGAAGAACCUUCACCUAUCAAGAAAAGUGACAGAAUGGGCAAUAGCUCUUUCACGGGAACACCAGUUACUUUCCAAACAACUGGAGGUCAUUGCAAAUUCAUGGUGGCUGAUGUAAAGAGCCCAGACUCUAAAAACAGCAUUAAAAAUGAAAAAUGUGGCAUCUCAACACAGGACAAAUCAGUAUAUAAAAGAAAUGAACAUGGCAAGCUAUCAAAUUACAGUGUAGCUUUACAGCAAAGUUCAGAAAUUCCAGCUAUUCCUGCGUUUGAGACGAUUGGUGAUAAUGUCUACACCAGCAAAGAAGAAAUACAUAUUGACUGUGAUAUACUGCCUAACUCUUCUCAUCAAUGCACUGCCCAUGUUGAAGAGGCGUGUCUUUGUCCACUGGACAUGCAACGCCCUGCAAUACAGGCCAAAGAAGAUCUUGUUUCAUACACUAUAGAACCAGAUCAGAGCCUAAUUAAAUCACCCCUCUCAUUUGACACAUCAUCAAUGUUUGGCGACCUCACUGUAGGAGGGUUUGAAAACAGCCUGUACACCGAUGUAUCAAAAGAUAGUUUUAACUCUUUCAUUACCAGAAAUGACAAACGGGAGCUGUUUGAGUCAUCCUCCCCUCAUCUGGGUUUAAAGGACUGGGAUCUCAUAGCUGAUGUUCCUCCUAUGCUACCAGAGGAGAUUUCUCACUUCAAAGAUCUCUCCGAAAAAGCAAUGACCAAAAAACCUAACUCAAACCACAUUCACUUGCCCUUGCCGGACAAAAUGAUGGAGGACAACAGCAGCUUCAUUAGUGGACUCUCUGAGGAUGAGCUGGAGAUCAAGAGGAUCGUGACAGAACUGGAAACCCAGCUACAGAUAGCCAAGCUCAACAGCCCUCUGUUGCUUCCAAACAAUCAUCCUAAACAACUGAUCAAAAGUAACCUCUCUCCUUUGCCACUAGACAAUACGGGGAAUGAACAGAGCAAUAUGCAUGUGGGUGAUAAUGAGGAGGCCAGGGGAUUAUCUGCUCCCAACCCCACACAAGAUCUAAAUUUGUCUUUAUGGUCAAGUCCAUCCCAUUUGGGAUUACUGGAGGCACAGCAGGACCUUCAUACACCAGUCCAUGAUGAUCAUAGCUCUCUAGAACAUCCCUCCACAAAGGAGGACCCCAUACCAACCGAAUCACAAGCAACAAAAGAACUGCAGCUACAGGAAAUGAAGGGCACUGAUGAAAUAAAGAACCUUGCAGCAGACUGUCUGAAGUCUGAAGAAAUAUUAGAAAACGAAAUGUACACAGAAAACCUUAUGAAAAGCCUGGAAGUGAUUUCAGAUUCAAUAUUCAACAAAGGCUCUUUGACAGCUGAAAUACAGACAUCCAACUCCUCCCAAUUUCUAAAGCAAGACCAGCCAUGCAAAGAAUGUCCAGAUGCCAGAAAGCAGCAAAGCAAAAAUCAGGGGAGUCCCAGUGCAGAUGAAGAGAGCCAGAAACCUGAGGAGCACAACGCACUGGUUUUUCCAGGAGAGAAUGCUGAGUGUUCAGCAAAGACAAGAAGUGACCUUUCACCCAAAACCAGUGAGUCAGAAACAAAAAUAACAACAUGUGAACCUGAGAGCAAAAUGUGUGUCCCAGUCAAUGAGAAUGUCAUUGGUGUCAACAAAAGCUUAAACAAAAAUGACAAAGAUUUACUGCUUGAUAAGUCACAUAUCAUUGAAGAAAAAAUACAAAAUGAUGAAAGUCUCUUGCCUGAGACAACUGAGAACUGUCACAUGACAGAAGAGGAUGGGGAUGUCCUAAGAGACAAAGAACAUCCUUUACAACCACCAGAACUUUUUCUAUCGAGCACAGUCCAGUCAAAUGAUAAAGAGCUUGUAAUGGCUUCAUAUCCCACAAUCCUGUCUGCUGAUCAAUCUUCAAUUGUUUCUGACAAAUCGAAGGAGGAUGACCCACCCCUGCUCAGUUUGGAAGAGUUUCACCCUGCAGAGGAGAAUUUUAAAGAACCAAGCAACUCUGAUUUGUCUGAGAAGUCUGCAGUUUGUGAAGUGCCCAAUAAAGGAAGAGCAGAGGAUUUUAAAAAGAAGAAGAGCCCUGCAUGUUGGGAUCUGCUGCAAUCAUGUGAGACUGAGGAAGUCCAGUCAACAGCAAUUAAUGAGGAAGCACACCAAGCCACUCUCUUCAAGUGCAGCACUCCUGAUAACGCAGCUUCUGAUUCAGUUGCCAAAGUCAGCCAUGAGAGGACUAUAAAUUCAUCAAACAUAGUAGACCAGGAGAGCACUGCAGAGACACUCUAUCAAGUAAAUCUGGAGAGGACCACAGAAAUACCUGGCCAGGUCAACCAGGAGACAAAAACAGAUAUGCCCUGUCAGAUUGAUCAGGAAAGAACCACGAAUAUACCCUGCCAAGUCGACCAGGACAGGACCAUGGAUGUGGUCAGCCAGAUUAACCAUGAAGGCACCACAAGCAUGCUCUGCAAGGACAACCAGGAGAGGACAUUGGAUACAAUCCUCCAGACCAAUGAGGUCGACCAGGAAAGAACCCCAGAUGUGCACUGCAGCCUAUUAUCUACAGAGGCAGAGGCCAAAAGUAAUGAAAAGUCUGAUCUGAUGCUUGGAGAACAUGCCAGCACCCUGGAAAAAGAGCCACUAGUGCUGACUUCUCUUGAAGAGGAAACAGUAGCAGGGCCUAAAUGUACACCCACACCAACACAAGUUCUCUCUGCUUUGACAAUGCUUCCGCUGCAUGCUAUGAGGCUGAACAAUGCAGUGAGGGCUGAAGAGAACAUCACCGGGGCUAUUCCUCAAUCUGGGCUGUCUCCACUAAGCUCUUCACUGCCAUACUCUGAGGACCACAGCCAGGUAGAGCAGGACCAAUCUGAACCCAUGUGGGUCAAAUUUAAUGAGCUCUCUCCAGAUUCCAUGCACCAUCGGCAGUCUCCCAAGAGGGAUGAGCAGAACUCCAGUGAAAUGCAGCUAUGUGACCCACCUGUAUCCAUCAUGUCUGAGAUGCCAAAUGUAAUGACUGCUCUUCCACACAUAGACAUAGUCAUAAAUGAAAACAAAAGCUGUGGACCUGAUUCGGACAGCAUCAUCUCUGAUACUCCUUUGAUCAGUACACUUGAACCAUCAAAUUCCUUGUUGAAAAGCCGAAAAAUGAUUGAAAAAGGAUUAUCAGAGUCCUUGCCUGCAUUGAAACAAAACCCUCUGAUUUAUACUGAGAUUUCAGCUUCUCCCCAUUCUCCUCCUGUGUACAGUGACAUAACCCAAACUUUAAAUAAGAACUUGGAGGAACAGGGAAUAUUCAAGAGAAGCCCCAAGGACAACCAUGAUCACUGUGAACUCAUAUCCGUGGCAUCAAUAAGUGCAGUCAGCUCAGUGGAUAGAUCGUCAUUAGAGGUGUCAUCAGGUCCAGAAACUGCUAUGUGCCUUUAUUCACAUGAUACUUCUUCGCAAAGUGAAAGCGGUGCAAAGUUAUCUUGUCCUGUUGUAGCAUGUUCUCAAUAUAAAGACAGCAGUGUCCCUUCAAUCUUUGGCUUAGAUCACAAAAUACCCCAAGAUGUGCCUAAUUUGGAUAUUUGUCAUCCUCCUCUUGAAACUAUUGAUUACAUGGAUCUGCACGUUGACCUCUUGAAAAAAGCAGAGGCAGAGAAACUGGGCCUGCAGUCAUCCCCAUCUGAGCAAAAUGCCCCGUCUUGUCAGCAGGAUGCAUCUGGUACUCAAGAAAAUCUCCAUCCCCUUGUGAGGUGUGCUGAAGAGGCUUCCGGAAUUCCUUCAUGUCAAACUGAGCCUUUGAAAGCAGAGGAGGGACAGUGUGCAUCAAACAAAACGGACACAAAGGGGAACUUUAAUGACUCUAGACAAAAGAGCAUGGUUCAAAAAAAGAACACCAUGCAAGGAGAAAUCCUGUGCGAGAUAUGUUUUGCAUGUUUCCGUACAGUACCAGGGUUAAAAAGACACAAGGCCAUGAAACAUUUUAUGAAGAAAAAUGGAAACGCAGCAAUAGAGAAUCUUCAGGGGAGUGUCAGCAUUUUUAAAGAUGAUACUGCACUCCUAGAUCCACAGGUCUAUUUACAUACAGAUUGCCCUACCUCUCUACCCUAUGAGACAAAUGUGCCAUCAUUCAUGGUGAACCAGAAGGAACCUGAAUUAAAUGUAAUCCUCGGAGGAACUGGAGCAAGUGAGACAACCAAAACAAUGGUGCCAAGGGCAAAAGAAAACAAAAGAACUCUGCAACCAGUUACAAAAACUAAAAAAGGCUGCAAAGCACAGAAAAGCAGAGAUACUGGUGAUCAAAAUGGAUGUUUUGAAUUUAAAAAGGGGAGGUCAUCGCCUUUUUCAGACGAGCUACUCAGCAUACUGAAAACAGACAUUUUACAGGCUAUCACCCCAGAUUUUCCUGCCACGCCACAUGAACCCAGCUGUUUGCCAGAAAAACAAGACAAAAUUAACACCACAGAAUGCCUUGAAGUGAGAGUGCCUGAAAGUUUCUCAUUUAAACUGAUCGACAGUGCUGGCAAAAAAGAUGUAAUCACAGGUCAUACAGAACAAAAUAAUGCACACAAACAAGGCCUAGCUGUUGACCCAGUUGAAGCGGAGAUGGAGGAGGGAAAAGGCCUCGAGCCCAAAAUGUUUGGCUGUGAUAGAACAACAGGAAAUACAAUCUGCAGCAAGUUUGAGGAGUCUGGAGAGGAUUGUGAUGACCUGAAAGAAACAUGUGAACAAAAGGAUAUUUGUUUUGAGGACAGCAUCUGCAGAGAAACGCUGGCAGAAGUAGCAUUUGAGGUCAAAUGUGAGAAGGCCACCUGCAUCACAGAUAGGGUGGAUCCCAAACCCUGUAGCUUUAAAGCUGCAUCAGCAUUCUCACCAGGACCAGACCCAGACCUGGAGGCCCUGUUGGAUGAUGAAAGAACAUUUUCUCAGCUAUUCCCAAGAGAUGAGGAAAUGGUUAGGAAAAAAUGUAAAAAGGUUUAUGGCAAGAAGAACAAAAAGCAGAAUUCCGAUUCCAAUCUGCUUUUAGGGAAAUCAUGCCCUGUUGACAGCAUAUCCUCAGAUAAGAAGGAGCAGCAUGCUGAGAGCCAUGAUGACGAAAUUCCCAUUACCAAGAUAAGGGACCAUUGUGAGUAUGAGACUAUAUCCAUUGAUGAUGCUAUAAUGCUGGAUAUGUGUCACAAAAGCACUGUAAAAAAUGACUGUGAGAAAAUUAGCCCCACACCAGACCAGCACGAAGAUGAUGUGGACAGUGGGAAGCUUGGUGCAGGUCACUUCCUGUGUCUGACAGAAGAUCCGAUAUGCAAGACGGCAACAGAGUGGAGCAGCCCUAGACACUUGACAGACAGUGUUGCAGAGAAGGAUCAGUCCUCAGAGACCCCAAUAUUGUGCAAAACUGAAGAGCCCACCAUGUCCUGCCCUCCAUUGCUUUCAAACACAUCAAGUCUUCAUUCCAGUGAGUCUCCUGCCCAGGAAAAUGCUUCUCAUUUCCAUGGUAUUGACAUCCAGAAUUUAAAUACUAAAUUCCAGCUGCCUGAAAUUCAGUUCUUGGAGGCCAGUGAAGAGGUUCCAGUGAUACUGCCUAUUGGUAGUGAUGAUAUGACAAUCAGCCAGAGUACAAGACCCAACAAGAGGCCUGCAGAGCGUAGGGGGAGGAGGCGAGUUGAGAGAGGCUCAAAGCCAAAGGACAAGCAGUACAAGUGCAAAGUGUGUUUCACCUGGUUCCUCACAUUGGGGGAGCUCAACUUCCACAAGCUCUCUCAUAACCCUUCCCCACCACCUACUUGCUACAUGUGUGUCCAGCGCAAGUUCAGUUCCCGUGAGCAGUUGCGGGACCACCUGAGAGAGAAGCAUGCCAAGAACAAAGCAGGAAUCUGGACCUGCGGCAUGUGCCUAAAGGAGAUAUCUGAUGUGUGGAUGUAUAAUGAGCACCUGCGUGAGCACGCCACACAGUUUGCCCGAAAGGGUCAGACGCAGAGCUCCAUCCUGGGCCUGCCAGGCUGCUUCAUGCAGGAGACUGCUGUGAAGAACUUCAUCACCUCCAUCAUGCAGCACCAGUCCAACAAGGGCAGCAGAGGAGAGUCAGGAAAAAUGUCAUCCAAGGAGGGGGCAAAGACAACCAAAGAGAAUAUGGAGCAGGAUUCAAAAACUUCAGAGGGGGGAGAGACUACAGCAAUCAAAACCAAAGUUCAUUCUGGAGGGGGAGGGAAACGGAGUACACCCAUAUUAUCAGAUAUUCCUCACAAAGCAGAUGCCCCCCAGAAAAAUGUGGAGAUGCACCCAAAUUGUAAAGAUCCUUCUAGAGACUGCCAUCAUUGUGGCAAACAGUUCCCUAAGCCCUUUAAGCUUCAGAGACACUUGGUGGUACACAGCUUGCAAAAGAUUUUCCUGUGCUCCAAGUGCCCCAUCUCCUAUCAGGAUGCAAAGGAACUGAAGGACCACCUGAAGAAUGAGCAUGAGGAAAUUGAGGAGCCAGACUCUAAGCACACUACACUGUACACCUGUGAGCUCUGUGCUGAUGUCAUGCAUGUUAUCAAGAAGUCGUUCAUCUGUAGCACCUGCAACUAUACCUUCUCCAAGAAAGAACAGUUUGAUCGACACAUGGAAAAACAUCUGUCGGGAGGGAAUAAGAUAUUUAAGUUCAGAGGGGUUGUGAGGCCUUCCAAGCCUUCUGCUUCCACAAAUGAUGGAGAAUUUGAUCUGCCACCUGUCAAGCGACGGAAGCUCCUGAGUGACAGCUUACUGGGGAACAGCUCAGAAAACAGCACUGCCAACAUGGCAUCUGGACAGUUUGAUCAGAGCUCUGAGCUGCUGCUCCCAAGACCAAUGUCAGCCGCUACUUCAGACUUCACAGAGACUUCCAAUACCCCCUCCUCUGGUUCAAAAGACACCGGAAUCAAAACUGAAGACAUCGCAGGGGACGUUUCUGAGAUUCCGUCAGAGUUGGAACAUUCCCAGCUACAGGUGGUUUCAGAACCAUUGUGUCUUGGCGAGCACUGUCCUACUUCUGAGCCGACUGCUGAUGCGCAGACAAGCAAGGCCUGUGAGGGAGAUGAAAUACCCUUAUCAGAAAUCUGUGACAUUAAAGAAGAGAACCAUGUACACUCAGAUCUGUGUCAGAAGCCAUGCAAUGUACUUUCCUCAGUUCUGAAAGAAUGCCAGGACACUGAAGAUGAGGCAGGCAGCAGUGUCACAGCAUUGAGCCCUCUACCGGAAGACAUAGCCUUUCCUAAUACUGUAAAGGCUAAAGUGCAGGAGGUGGACCUGUCUGAUUCUGCUCUGUCCAUUGAAGUAUCACAUGUUCAUCAGAAUGAAAACUUGAUGAAAAUCUCAGAUGCUUCAGAUAUGCUUGAAGAAGACAGUCGAGCUUGUGACUACAAAGACGCCCAGAGGAAAUCACCAGAAAAUGCAGUGGAACUAACAGGUGGAGAUGAGCAUACCGGAGAAGUGCAAGGAAAUGAAACCGAAGAGAAAGAGCCAAAAGUCAUGAACUAUGCAGAACAACACGUAGAUGGACAGGGUAAAGAAGAAGUUGUGUCUAAACUGAGUGACAACACCAACUGUGGCCCUGAUGAUAGCCCUAGACCUGUGGCUAGGGGGCUUGGAGUGACACCUUCGGCAAAAAACAGUAUCAAACCCACAGCCAUAAUCUCAGGCAGAAGUGAGGAGAAGGAUUUAGUUAGACAACAGAAGAAAAGGAAAGAAAUGAAGGUGACUCAGAGCUCCAAGGUCUCGUCUUCCGCAACAAGAGAGAACCAGGAUGUGGAUGCAAGAAACAGGAAGAGACUUAGAGUUCAGAGUCCCAGCAAGUGCAUCUGGACCGGAGGCUACAGGAAAGCUGACGCUGCCAACGAUUACCCUGUGCUCUCCUCUGUGAGGGAUGACAUGACCAGCAACAAAAUUCUUUCAAAACACAAAGCAGGAGGGUUGAACCUCCAACCAAAGAGAAACUCCAUUGACAGCAACCCACCAAAGAAAGUAGAGGCCACACGUCAUGCAAUCGGUGCUUACAAAGGGAGAAAGGGAGUUCCUGGGCGACCCUUGCAUCCUCCCGUUUCAAAAACAUCUGUUCCCAUUGUGAAUAAUUCCUUUAACAAGUACAGACCCUUGUCAGGGAGACCUGUGGAAUCCCACUCAUAUCGGACAGCAGAGUCUCAGAAUAACCUCCUGACCCAACUGUUUGGCCAAAAGCUCACCAGCUUUAAGAUUCCUUUAAGGAAAGACACUUCUGAAGCUCUGAACUGAGACACGUGGUUGAUGUGAAACAGGAAAAAACUAUUAAGGAGAACCUUGAGGCCUUGGACCAAAGAGUCAUUUGUGUGUGAGGGAACACAGAUGUCUCUGAGUUAUUAUUGUUUGCUUCUUUGUCACUUUAUGUUUUGUAAUCUUUUUUUCCAAAAUCAAUCUUUUAUCAUGCAAAUGUGAGCGCUGAGAACAAAGACGCAAGUGUUGCUAACAGAAAAACGGAAUCGCAGAGGAGUACUGUGGGUCCCACACUCCGAGGUUAACCAUGACAAUGCCUCAAUGACUGUAGUUUCAUGACAAGAAAAGGACAUAAAAAAAGGAAUACUUGAAAAUGAACUGUUUUUUUUAUUUUUCAGAUAGUGCAUGUUAGUUUCACAUUCAUGAACGGUUCAUGUAAGGUAUUUUUAAGACUUUGUUUUUACUACAAGAUGAAAAGGUAUCCAAAUACACAUCUGGGCCAUGCAUCUUUUCAGUAUGCUCCAGAUAGCUUUUUGUCACAUAUCUCUUAUUUUACUGUAUCAAAGUGAAAUCACAGUAUCUUCUGUAUAAACAAUUCCUGGUGCUAUGUUUGUAUUUUUAUUGUAAUGUGAAUACAGAUGCCCCUAAACCUAAGGACCCCUUUAACCUGCAGCAGUCCCAUUCAUCAUAUGUUGUCACUGAUACUCUGUUACUUCAGUGGAGUAUGGAAAGAAACAGAAAGUGUGGAUAUGCUUUUAUAGUGAGGUGUUCAUUUGUUGAAGAAACAUUAGAAAAACCUUUAGUAUUCAAACUCAGGUGCUAACAAGGACAAUUCAAGUUACUGAAAUGGAGCUCCUUCCAUGCACUGAUAUAACCACAAAGAAAACAUACCUAAAUACUCUGUUUCAGUCCCUCAGCUGUUUAAAUAUUAAUAUUUUAUAGAUAAAAAUGGUGCUCUAUUAUCUUGUUCAUUUGUAUCUUAUAUUGUAUGAUAUUGUAGGUAGUUGACUUCCAGUGCAAUGCAUAAUGUGCAAAGUUUUAUUUUAAAAUAUGCAAUAUAAAGAGCAAAAAGGAAAGGGACUUGCAAUACCUUGUGUAAGGUAUGAGUGUACCACAAGUGCCUCUUAUAAAGUUGGUUAUUAAAAAGCUACUAUAGCA